CACCAGGGGGCACUUUCAUCUGCUUCCGAAUUUUUAUGCAGCAGCGUUUAUGACGUGAAAUUCCCUCGUUUCCAGUGAGUUUUUUUUUUACUGUUUUUUUUUCUCGUAAUUUUUUUCUGUUUUUCUUGGCAUUUUUUUACCGGCCCGCCUUUUCCCGACCACCUUCCUGCUGCCGCUGCCUGGACACCUGCCACCGCCGCCCGGAACACCCCAGCUCCCGAGGUCGAGAGAGGAAGCGCACCCUUCAUUUUUUUUUGACGCCACGGCCAGCACCGGCCGCGGACGAACGAGAGCCUCGCACCGACUCGCGGGGAGCAAGUAACCAAGAAGCAUCAUGGAGGGCGACGUGGGCAACAGCCAGACGAACCUAAUCAUCAACUACCUGCCGCAGACGCUGACGGACGAGGAGUUCCGCAGCCUUUUCACCAGCAUCGGUCCCAUCAAGUCGUCCAAGAUUGUGCGCCACAAGGCGACGGGCUACAGCUACGGCUUCGGCUUCGUCGACUACCAGAGCAUCGAGGAUGCGGCGCGCGCCGUGGGCACCCUCAACGGCCUGCAGCUUCAGAACAAGAAGAUCAAGGUGGCAUACGCGCGCCCCGGCGGGGAGACGAUCAAGCACGCCAACCUGUACAUCCGCGGCAUCCCCAAGCACUACCCGCCCGAGCAGGCGGAGAAGCUGUUCGCCGACUUUGGCCGGCUCAUCCAGUUCCGCGUGCUCAAGGACGACUCGGGCAGCGGCAACAAGGGGGUGGCGUUCGCCCUGUACGACCUGCGGGAGAAUGCGGAGGCGGCCAUGACGGCUCUGGGGGGCCAGACCCUGCCGGGGGCGACCGAGCCCCUGCUCAUCAAGUUUGCCGAAGACAACUCGAAGAAGCUCCGCCCGCCGGGCAGGGGCGGGCAGCUGGUGGGCGGGGGGGGCGGGCCCAUGCGGGGCCCCGCCCAGGGCCGCUACCGCUACAACCCGCUGACCGGCUCCUACCAGUACCCCAUGGGCGGGAUGGCCGGGGCCGCCGGUGCCGAGGGGGGCCACGUGCUCUUUGUCUACAAUAUUGGGACCGAUACGGACGAAAAGUCGCUGUGGCAACUGUUUGCCCAGUACGGGUCGGUGACCAAGGUGAACAUCAUCCGGGACACCUCGACGGGCCUGAGCAAGGGCUUCGGCUUCGUCACCAUGGCCAACUACCAGGACUGCGUGUGGGCCAUCGAGGCGCUCAACGGGUUCCGCUAUGCGGGCAGGCCCCUGCAGGUCUCCUUCAAGCAGCCCAAGUAGCAGCCGGGAACCACGCUGCGCCCCGCAGGCGCCCCCUGGCGGUUGGCCCCGUCUUUCUAGUUUUCUUCCGAGGACCGCUUCGCUUCGCUCUGCCCCUCCCCCUCACCGGGGAGGGUCAUCGACUCGAGGCUGGUAGCGUUUUUCGAGUCUGGACAUGCGCAGCCCAUACUUGAGUGUUUUUUUUUUCUUCAUCGUUUUGGUUUGUCACUGCGGCGGUGAAUCUUUUUCCUCUCUCUUUCAUAAGGUGAUCGUGCGACACAAACAGUGCUGCAAACAUUUUUAUUUUUGAGGCAGCAAAAUGUCACUUCUCCUGUCCUCCCAACUUAUUUUUGCUUUCGUCACACAUUAGCUGCCUAGCUAUUUCCUUUUUUGUUUUCCUUUUUUGCUCUAAUUUUUUCUUUGGCGGAGCAGCAGAUUAUCUGCCAUUGUCAUUUCCUUUUCCUUUUUUUUUGCGCUCUUUCUGAAUUGAUUUUGUGAGAGUACUUUUCAUUUUCCGAGCCUCAUUACCGUUUUCAACUGUCACUAACUUCACAUUCAACUUCCUUUUUUUUUCUUGUCAGUGUGGGCAACGUUGGUGAACUCCGAGUGAUGUCUUUCCAGUGUGGGUUUGUCUUUUUCCCUUUUUUUAUUUUUUGUCUCGUCACCAUAUUGGACUGGAGGAUUACCCACUUGUAGAUUUAACCUCCCAAAUGUAAUGUUACAUCAGCCGGUAAUGCUCCCAUCAUGCCCUGGUACAAGAAAUACACUCAAAUAAAUAUUCUGUCCAACAUCAUCA